AUUCAUCAUUCACUUAGUAAGUAUUUAAGUGCCUAUUUUUACCAGAUGCUCUACUAGGUUCUGGUGAUAUAAAGAUGAGCAGACAUAGGCCCUCUGCCCUAAAGUUAGUGGGAGAAACAGAUAGUAAACCAAAGAUUUUAAUACUGUGAGAUUAACUGACUUAGUUGUAGUAUAUAGAAAGAGAUACAGGGCCUGCAGCAAGAGCCUGGGUAAAGACUCAGUGAAGCGCUGCCUAUUGAAAGGAGAAUUUUUAUUUCCACCACAUAAAAAAGCCAUUGCCAGGGAACAUCAAGUAAACAGACAAAUGCUCAGAUAAGCUUCUAGAUCAUAUGAAAUUGAAAUAAUUUGAUUCAGUAACCAAUCAGGGAAACUUUUGUUUUCAAAUGAAGUAAGGAAGCAGCUAGGUAGAAAUUAUAAAUCCUAUUUUGAAUCGCCUUUUGCUUAUACUUAGUGUAGUUUAAGCCAUCAGUGUAUUAUACCUUUCUGCGUGGUUUACUCAACAGCAAUUUUCUGUUUGCCUGCUAUUUGGGUCAGUCAUGGAUGGUCCUAUGUUAUGAGAAACAUGUAAAGGUAAGAUAGAUUCAGCUCCUUUUCUCGAGAAGAUUAUUCCAUAUAAGGAACUAAUUUGCUGAAUGGGCCCUCAGCCUGAAUAGAAUCUCUAAAUCAUGGUCUACACAGCAGUUAUAAGGAACUCUGGCCCCUCAAGUAUCAAUAAAGGCCAGCUGGGGUACCUGGAUUCCUAUCUCCACCUGGCUGUAAUGAUAUGGUAACCUCAUUCACCAUGUUAGAUUGGUGUUGGAGAAAGCCAGCUAAAACAGAAAGCUUAAGUAAGGUUCAGAAUCUCAUAAUAUAAACUGAAAAUAUUCAGACUUCAAUAAAAGAUAAUCAUACCAAGAACCAGGAAGAUUUGAAAUGAAUGAAAAAGACAAUCAAUAGAGACCAACACUGAGAUGACAAAGAGUUAGAAUAAGCCCACAAAGACUUUUAAAGUUGCUAUGAGAAAAAUGCUUCAAUGAGCAAAUAUGAAUACACUUGAAACAAAUGAAAAAUUAACUCUGAGCAAACAGGAGAUAUAAAAAAGAACCAAACGAAAAUCGUAGAACUAAAAAUUACAAUAACCAAAAUAAAAAGCUCAGCAGAUAAGCUCAACAGUAGAAUGGAGAAGAUGGAGGAAAUAAUCCAUGAGCUGGAAGACAGAACAAUAGAUAUGACCCAAUCUGAAAAAAAUAAGAAAAUAGACUGAGGGCAGGAGGUGGGGGAGAAGAACAGAGGCUUACGGGCUAUAAUAAUAUUCAUGUCAUCAGAAUCCCAAAGGACGAGAGAAACAGGCAGGACUUAAAAAAAAAAAAACUUGAAAAAAACAUUGGCUGAAAACAGAGUAAUCCUUGUAGUGGUGUUAAUAUCCUGUAUCUUGAUAGCACCAAUGUCAAAUCUUGGUUGUGAUACUGUACCUUAAGCUAUUAACAAUUCCUAGAUAUCACUAAAUACGUAGUGUUUCGUAUUUUCCUGAUUGGCCCACAUGGUUUGAAGUCGGUUUCUUCACAUCAGAAUCCAAACCAGGUCCACCUGUGGCACCUUCGCCCUUCAGUGGGAGCGGGUAAGACGCCAGACGCGGAGCUAAAAACCAUUCCUCUCUUACGUUGUCGCCCUCAAUCUUACAGGUAAAUGGUAAAUUCUCUUUACUAUUAAUGUACAUGCCUCUGUGAAAGUCCAGAAUGGCGGUGGGGGUCUUGGUGGUUGAAGGCCCGUCUGUCUGCCCGCCGGCGCCGCGAGGGGAGGGCGCCCCGAGGGCCAGGCUCUAGGCUUCAUUACCGCGUUUCCAUUUGCUGUGAAAUGAAAUGGCGCCUUCCCUUUCCCCGGACAUCAUCAGCGUCACGGUCCAGCUGGCUUCGUGGUCGCAACCUGGGGCCUGUGCGGCGCAUGCGCCCCCAACGCACGGGCCCAAGGGCUCCUUCUUUCGCAGCAGCUCCUGGACGCGGCCGCUGGGGAGCCACACCCGGACGGAGCCGCGGGGCCUGCGACUACCCCCGGAGCUGGCCUGAGGUGGGGCCGGGGGAGGCCUGCGGGCCUGGGGGUCGCGGAGCCCAGGGAGGGCCGUGGCCACGGCCAGGGCGGCGCGGCCCGGGGGAAGGACCCGCUUUGGCCCGAGGACUACACGGGCCCGAGUAGCCGGCGCUGUUGAAGCGCCCGGGGCGCCGAGGAUCCCGGUUUGUUGGGUGACGGCUCAGCUAGAAAGGGGCCGAGCGGAAUUCGAACGGCCCCGAGCCCCCAGGCCUGGCUCUCAACGGUAACUGGCUUCCUCAGCCUCAGUUUACCUUUUCUCCCUUCAGGGAUUCUUCUGUCCAUGGCUGCCCCCAAAACUUCGAGUUAUGAUGAACAUUUCAGGCCAGAAAAAUUAAGAGAAUGUCCAGAGCCUGAGUUCGUUUCUUUAAUGGAGGACUGGGACAGUGCCUGGCGUUGAAGGGAAAUGCUCCGGGCUCCGAGAGUGCGGUCUAGAGUGUUCCCAGUUCAUUACACUAAAAAAGUAUUAGCUAGAGAAGACAUUGAUGAAGCAGUACAUGCAAUAUUAUUUCGAGAAAAUUCUGUUGUGAAGAGAUUGGAUACAUAUUUUCAGCAUCUGGAUACUUCUAAGGAAAGAAGAAAAGAGAUGUUACAUAAAAAAUGGGUUGAAAACGUUGCAGAGCCUCUUCAGCAGAGAAUUAUGGAAAAAGUUACAGUCCCACCAUUUUUUGAUCCUCUGUUUCAAAGACAGAAAGAGGUGGACGAAGAGAAGAGAACUGGUCUUCAGCGUGAGACAGGAAAAGACCAUUCCAUAAAAGAACUUAAAGAAAUAGAGAAGGCCAGGCUGCAUGCCAGCCCACUCCGCUUCGCUUUCACUUCACACAGUGUAAUUCUGAAGGAGCGGCAGAAAGCCUCCGCGAGAGUCAGGAGCAAAACUUGCGGUAAAUGCAGUCCUGAAAAGCUAAUCUGUACAGAAAAGAAACACAAAAGAAAAGAGAAAAAGACAACCAACUUAAGUCAGGCUGCGUUUGAAAAGCAGUUCCUUUCCUCAAGGCUCAGCCGGAAGAACAAAGCUCUCCAGGGAGUCAAGGAUUCUCCAUCUGUGGAAAGCGGUCCAGAUCCAGAACCCAAGAGAGGUUUCUUGGAUCUUGUGCAAGAAAGAAUUCAAGGCGAGUCCACAGUACAACGUGAAAGCAGCUUAUUAAGAAAGUAAAGGAAUAAAAGAAUGGCUACUCCAUAGACAGAGCAGCCCAGAGGGCCGCUGGUUGCCCAUUUUUAUGGUUAUUUCUUGACAAUAUGCUAAACAAGGGGUGGAUUAUUUGGGCUUCCCCUUUUAGACCAUCAAGGGUAACUUCCUGAUGUUGCCAUGGCAUUUGGAAACUGUCAUGGUGCUGGUGGGAGUUGUCAGGUCUCCAUAUGCAAGCCUGGAGCUUGAAAGUCUGAAGUCCUGCUUGCCUCAGCUGAUUGAUUGUCCCUAAUCGCCCAGCGCUUUAGGACAAGCCCCCUCACCCCACCCUGCCAUCUUAACUGUUAUUAUGAUAAUACUCUUAUCCCACCCUCCAUUGUAACUAACUUAUGGUAAUGUAUAGCCCUUGCCCCUAACCCCUCCACUGUGACUGAUCUUACUCUAAUUUUCCACUGCCCACCCCAAACCUAUAAAACCAGCUCCUAUCCCACUGCCCUUUGCUGAUGCCCUUUUCAGCCUUAGCCCACAUGCACCCAGGUGAUAAACAGCCAUGUUGCUCACACAAAGCCUGUUUGGGGGUGUAAGGGUUAUUGCCGAGUUUAAAAUGAGGAAACUGAGGCCAGUAUAAGAAAAUUAAAUGCCAAUUUAUUCUGCUCCCGGGCGAGGUUCUAUUGUCCUGGGAAAGGGGGCCAGAGAAGUCACGCUGACUUCCUGGGGUGGGGCGGUUUUUAUGGCUAUGAGGAAUGAGCAACAGUUGGGUGCUCUGAUUGGCUCCAGGGGAGUGGGAUUGGGAUGGGGUGGGCUGCCAUUGGUUGGCAGGUUGUUGGGUGGGUUUUCUGGUGUGAGAGCCAGCCAGGAUUGCAUUAGCCGGAGCCUUCUGGGGGAGCCAUGCGGCAGAGCUAGGUGCGGAGUGCAGAGCCUGGUGCCGGGUACAGAGUCAGGUGCUGAGUGCAGAGGUGGGUGUGUCCAGCCUCCCGGCAAGGCAACUAGCUUUACAUUUCGGCCCUUUUGAUGAUAUAGAAUGCCGCUUUUUUUCUGGCUACUUCCUGCUGAAUAGGGGCAGAGUAGGGAGAAG